AUGGCCUCCGGCUGGAAUCUGUUCUUCAGGGUCACUUAUAUUUUCCCUCCCUUGAAAGCUCAAAUAGGGGCUGGCAAGGUUGUACCGUCUCCUAGUAGGCGCGUGAUGCACGGCUGAAUCUGGUAUGUCCAGGCGGGAAGAUCUCACCAAGUUUUCGAAAAGCUUUCUCAAAGCACUCAGGUGGAAGCUAGAACGCAGGUAAUCAGAUGGAAUCAUCGCUUGCACUUUGAGCUCGGACCCUGCCCUUCUCGCGGGCCAAAAUGCCCAAAUUGCUGCACGGCAGGCGAGCCUUGGGCGGGAAAGAUCUCUCCGCGCAGCGACGGCGCGAUGGCUUGGGGAUUUCGCCGUCUCGCCGUCGAGCCCAGCGCGCGCGGAAGUCGACGCGCGGGCGUGGGCCCAAUUUCUCUUCCUUACGCUGCGUACGACAAUCAUGUGAGUGAUGCGCCGCCUACAACGAUGACGACCAUCACCGACCCCGACCUACACUCCGCUUGGACGAUCCUGACGACCAUGAUGAGACGAAGCUUGCCGUCGGUCGUUGGUGUGGUCAGGAGCGAGCGCAGUGUAGGCGUGCGGCGGCUGGGAUGGGUCGUCGUUGGCCGUUCUGCGAGACCGGGCAUGGGAGGGGAGACGAUGGCCUGCGUCGAGGCGGGCGCAAAACGCAACUGCUGACCGUCCACUAUGCGCCGCGACUCUCCGCGUGCUAUGACUUUGUGACUCGUACAGGGCACGUGGACCCAAGAAGCACUUGAAGCGAUUGGCAGCUCCUUCAUCAUGGAUGUUGGACAAGAUGGGCGGUACUCACGGUCAGUUUUACCCUCCUCCGCUUGCGUGCCGCGCUCGUUGGCUGGCGGGCGUAUUUUGGCUCAGGCCGUUCCCGCGCCUCGUCGAGUGCUCGCAGCCAGAGCGGGCGCUGGGCGGGGGCAGCCUCGAACCAGGCGGGCGGGCGUACUCUGCCUAAUCUACAAGAGCUGACCUUGUUGCUCAAUUCACCACAUCUCCGUGCCUUUUGAACACCCGUGCUUCAUUCUAUUCAGCGCCCCGACCUUCGUGAGUCGGCACACAAUUCGGACACGCUGAUUGGCAGUAUCGCGGACGAGACGCUGACCAUCCCUCCGCGUCCUGCAGACCCGGUCCUCACAAGCUCCGUGAAUGCCUGCCCCUUUCCGUAAGCUAUUGCACCUGCUCCAUGGGCUCAUCACCGUUUUACUGGCGUCGAAGGCAGGCAUGGAAUAGGAGACGUUGCAGGAGGGUGGUGUGACGGAGCCGGUCGACGGCGGUCAGGAGCGGCAUGGCAUCGACAGCGCCCAGCAGGGCCUUCCUUCCCCACGCUCAUCCGCCUACCCUAUCAAGCCUGCGACUGACCCUCGUGUAUUCUCUCAACAACGUAGAUCUUCCUCCGUAACCGUAUGAAGUACGCCCUUACCGGUCGCGAGGUCACUCUUAUCGUCAAGCAGCGCCUUAUCAAGAUCGACAACAAGGUCCGCACCGACGAGACCUUCCCCACCGGUUUCCAGGACGUCAUCACGAUCGAAAAGUCGGGCGAGCACUUCCGCCUCAUGUACGACGUCAAGGGCCGAUUUUUGUGCCACGCCAUCACCGCCGAGGAGGCCAACUACAAGCUGUGCAAGGUCAAGAAGAUCCAGCUCGGCGCCAAAGGCGUCCCCUUCCUCGUCACCCACGACGGCCGCACGAUCCGUUACCCCGAUCCGCUUAUCAAGGUCAACGACUCGGUUAAGAUUGACCUGACCGAGAACAAGAUUGUUGACUUUGUCAAGUUCGAGACCGGCAACUUGGUCAUGGCUACUGGUGGCAGGUGAGUUUUUUUCAAGAGGGCGGAGGGAGUAUUGCGCUGUGGUAUUCCAUCUGGUACGAACGGAUCUUUGACCGCGUCUUCUCUCGUCGUACAGGAACAUGGGUCGAUGCGGUGUGAUUGUCCAUAGGGAGCGACACCUCGGCGGCUUCGACAUCGUCCACGUCCGAGACGUGCUCGACCGAGAGUUCGCUACGCGUGUUGGAAACGUCUUUGUUCUUGGCCAGGGCAACAAGCCGUGGGUGUCGUUGCCCAAGGGCAAGGGUGUCAAGCUCUCGAUCGCGGAGGAGCGUGAUCAGAAGCGCAGGGUCGCGUCCAAGUAA